GCAUUUGGGCAUUUUUUUCCUUUUUCUUGGUCUUGGGUGUCUCUAAGCUUCUUUAAGAAAAAAAAGAUAAAUUUUUUUUGAAAAAAAAAGAGCAUAUAGUAUAUGUGUAGUGAGAUAGAAUAUCUAUUUUACACAGAUCCCUAUGGCUAUUUGGAAUGCUGGGGUGCUAUCCAACAUUGCUUGCUGAAACUCAUUCUCUUUGUUUAGUUUAAAAGGUCCAGUUUUUGUUCCUUUUUUAAGAGUAAGGAGAAUGAGAAACUUCAAAAAAGAGAGUUUUGGGCUUUUUUCUUCACCUAGAUUGAAGUGAAGAUUUCUUUUUCUUUUUUGCUUGUGUGAUUGAGCAUAAAUAUUUUCUUGGGGUUCUUAAGUUCUUUGAUGUGAAUCUUGAAAUUUUAAAGGUAAAAAAAACCCUUUCUUGUUUUGAAAUGAUUACUCUAAGUUCUCUCAAUGAUUGUGAACUAUCUUGAACUACAGAAAAGAACACUUUUUGUAACUUACAAGAGCCUCAACAACUGAAUGAAGAUGAAGGCUAUGAAUGAUGAUAGCAGAAGUAACAACAAUAAUAGUAGUAGUAGUAAUAAUAAUAAUCAUAACAGUGCAGCUGCUAAUAGUAACUGGUUGGGUUUUUCUCUCUCACCCCACAUGAAAAUGGAGGUUACUAAUUCUUCUGAAACUCAACAUCUACAUCAAUUUGCUCAAAGUUUCUAUCUUUCAUCAUCUUCUCCUCCUCCUCCUCCAAUGAAUGUAUCAACAACCUCUGCUCUCUGUUAUGAAAAUAACCCUUUUCAUUCUUCCUUAUCUGUGAUGCCUUUAAAAUCUGAUGGUUCUCUUUGCAUAAUGGAAGCUCUAUCAAGAUCUCAUGCUGAUGCUAUGGUGCAAAGUUCUUCACCUAAGCUUGAGGACUUUUUAGGUGGUGCAAGUAUGGGAAAUAGUCAAUAUGGAAGUCAUGAUAGGGAGGCUAUGGCUUUAAGCUUAGAUAGUUUGUAUUAUCAUCAAAAUGAAGAAGAGAUUCAAGUUCAUAGUCAUCAUCCUUACUAUUCUCCCAUGCAUUGUCAUGGCAUGUAUCACCAAGAAUCACUAUUGGAAGAAACAAAACCAACUCAAAUUUCGAACUGUGAUGCUCAAAUGACUGGAAAUGAGCUGAAAAGUUGGGGCCACUAUGCUGAACAACAUGCUAUUGACCAACAAAUAAAUGCCACCUGCAGCAUGGUUGCAGCAGCAGCAGCUGGUGGUGGUGGUACUUCUGGUUGUAAUGAUUUGCAGUCUUUAAGCUUGUCUAUGAAUCCUGGUUCUCAGUCCAGCUGUGUCACUCCAAGACAAAUUUCUCCUACUGGACUGGAAUGUGUAGCUGUAGAAUCAAAGAAGAGGGCUUCUGGUAAAGUUGCUCAAAAACAACCUGUCCACAGGAAAUCCAUUGACACAUUUGGUCAGAGAACUUCUCAGUAUAGAGGUGUCACUAGACAUAGGUGGACAGGUAGGUAUGAGGCACAUUUAUGGGAUAAUAGUUGCAAGAAGGAAGGGCAGACCAGGAAAGGGAGACAAGUUUAUCUUGGUGGCUAUGAUAUGGAAGAAAAAGCUGCUAGAGCAUAUGAUCAAGCUGCACUAAAAUAUUGGGGUCCUUCAACUCACAUCAAUUUCCCAUUAGAAAAUUAUCAGAAAGAGCUUGAUGACAUGAAGAAUAUGACCAGGCAAGAAUAUGUUGCACAUUUAAGAAGGAAAAGUAGUGGAUUCUCAAGAGGUGCUUCUAUUUACAGAGGAGUGACAAGGCACCAUCAACAUGGAAGAUGGCAAGCUAGAAUUGGAAGAGUUGCUGGGAACAAAGAUCUUUAUCUUGGCACUUUUAGCACACAAGAAGAAGCAGCAGAGGCUUAUGAUGUUGCUGCAAUCAAAUUCAGGGGUGUAAAUGCUGUGACAAACUUUGACAUAUCGCGAUACGACGUUGGAAAGAUCAUGGCUAGUAAUACUCUGCCUGCUGGUGAAUUAGCUAGGAGAACUAAAGAAAGAGAGCCAAUUGAAUACAACAACAAUAACAUAGAAGGUGUUGGUGGUCACAAGAAUGAGGAAUGUGUUGACAACAACAACAAUGGGAAUAUCACAGAUUGGAAAAUGGUGUUAUAUCAAACAUCUAAUCCUUCAUUAGGAUUGAAUUAUCGCAACCCUACAUCAUUCUCCAUGGCAUUACAAGAUUUGAUUGGCAUCGAUUCGAUGACUAAUUCAAAUAACCAUCAUGCCACAAUUCUUGAUCAUGAACAGAACAAGAUUGGUAACCACUUUUCAAAUACUUCAUCUUUGGUAACUAGUCUUGGUAGUUCAAGAGAACCAAGUCCUGAUAAAAGUGCUACUGCUGCCUCAUUAGUCUUUGCUAAGCCUACAAAAUUCACUGUCCCAACGGCAACUAGUGUCAAUGCUUGUAUUCCCUCAGCUCAAUUAAGGCCUAUUCCAGUCUCCAUGGCUCACCUACCAGUCUUUGCAGCUUUGAAUGAUGCAUGAAAAAUUGCUUUUUUUGGUUACAUGUUGUAACUUGUUUCUUUUUUUUUUUU